GCAACAAAACUGCUCGAGAAUGUGUCCAGUUUUACUAUCUAUGGAAAAGGCUUUGCCCAGAUGAGUACAAUUGCAUCAGGUCGGGCUGGAAAGAAAAAGAAAAGAUGGGUGAUGAUAUGAAUAAUAAUGUUCAAGAAGACUCACACUCAAAGAAAUCAAGCGUGCCCUGGCAUCAACAAAGUUCAGGUUGCAAGUCUUUGAUGGAUCAGAAGGGGCAUAGCGUGGACGAUUUUCAAACUGUUGUAUAUUCCCUAGGGGAAGGAAUUGGUGUCAGAGUGAACAUGCACAAUAAUUCUGGAACAAGUGUGAGAUCAUUGAGUAGCCCCAUGUCCUCCAAUACUAAUUCAUGUCAAAACGUCAAAACUGCAUACAGCGGACAUGAAAAAGAAACAAAGGACAUUAAAAACUCUCUUACUAAAAUAGAAAUCGAAAGUACUUUACUUAGUAGUUGUGCUCCAAACAUUACAGUUAAGCCUAAAACAUCAGCAAAACAGCAAAUUGUUGAUGUUAGUAAAGACAUUAUUGAGGACCAAAUGGCUAUCAUUUCCAAUAACUUUGUCACUGAUAGGGGAGCAGAGGCAAACAGUAAAACAACUAUCCUGAAUGAUGUCAAGAGUGAACCUUGGGAGUACUGCGUUAAGCAGGAGGUCAAAGAAGAACUUGAAAAUACAACCACAGAUUUUUCUGAAACAAAAGUCUACAUUUCUGAGUUUGAUGUGGUGAAACUUAAUCAUGUCAGUAACACGCCAAAGGAUGACAAUGAAACUGUUGAAGAAGCCCCAAUUAUUGUCAAUAGAUCUUCCCACCUUAACGAUGACACUGAUGACCAAGUUAAAAUGGAAAUUGAAUCUAUGAUGGCCUUGCAUGGAAUAAGAAUGGAGGAUGAUGUAAGCAAUGAAGCUAUAAAUAGUGAAACAGGUGAUAUUCAAACAAUCUUUAAAGAAGAGCCACAGGAUUGUGACCAGAUGAAAGAUACUUGCUUAUCCCCUCCCACUGCACUAACUGAAGAGCAUGUAUCAACAUCAUCUGAGAGCCGUUUGUUUGUCUGUGAACUGGCCGAUUGCUCAGCGAGUUUCAACUCAAGAGCUGCUCUAAAUGGACAUAUUAGAAUCCAUGGUUACAGGAAAUCUCCUCCUCCCAAUAUGAAUGCAGCAUCCCAGCGAUUGCAGCGACAAGAGUACCACUGCGAAACUUGUGGGAAGACUUUUGCAAAGCUGAAGAGCCGAAAUGCCCAUAUGAAAACUCAUAAGCUUUCUUCAGCGGACCUAGCUGAAACUCUAGCUGGACGUGCUACAGGCAUUUCUUCCUCUGGUGACCUAUCAUCUAACUCCAAAGGCUGCAGCACUGGUCUCACCUUUAGCACAUGUCUUAAUUUUGGGCUAUCUCAGAGUGAAAGUGAAGUCCCUAAAGAAAUCACAUUAGAAGAGGACCCUGAGAGUAAAGAUGACACCGCAACUGAAAGAACAACACCUUGCCCUCAACAAGAAAGCACAAGGGAUAGCUCCACUUCAAAAGGUAGUUCUGAACCUAAAAAGCGAACUGGAUCAAAAAAAGUUCCUGGGUAUCGCCCAACUUCUGAUUGCAAUAGAACAUUAUCAGGUCCAAACAUUUUUCGACCAAACAAUUUGUUAGGUGGAAAGCCAACUCUUACUGUGUCAUGCACCUCAAGUGUACCAACCCCCAAUCCUUUUAAUGAAAAUGCUACACAAUUAUCAGCACAAAGUGACAGCAAAUCUUCUCCAACUACUACUGUCACUCUCCCUGAUGCAUCAUUUUCUGCAACUGAUGAUUUACCUAGUAAAUCCUUUUCUAUCCACCAACACAAAUUAAGUAACAAAGCUGUUCCAUCUGAACCCCAGAAAGCUUUCCUAAAAAAACUGAAAGCAAAGACAAAACAAAGUCCUUCUGCAUUCUGUUCACUUGGCAGAGUUAAAUGAUAAUUAUAUGACAUCCUUUCCAUAUAAAAUAUAACUCUACAUAAGUAAGAUAAUUGGUGCCAGUGUAUUUUUGUGUUAGAUGGUCUUUCAAUUCAUAUGAUAUAUGGUUUGCCUAAAACACGUGGGUUGUGAUUGUUUGGAGAGACGUUCCGUUUCUAGGUACAAAGGGCUCUCAUAUUAAAAUCCUUUUUUAUACACAUUCUAGUCAUAGUAUUAAAGGUAAUGUUUACUCUGUAGUUUUGUGUGAUUUUAGCCCAAAGUGACUGCACAAUGCUUCCAUUCUUACCAGGGAUGAAUGUGCUGAAUUGAAAUACGUAAGACCUGAUAGCUCAGCAUUUAGGGAGAUGUUUUUUCAUUACAUGCUUUUGUGCUCUGAAAAGAAUCAGAUCGAAACUUUUUAUAUAUUCUGUAAUUUGUCGUAUGAACAUGUUGGUUUGGUAUACAUCUUAACCGUCUCGCAUUAAGAGAUGUAUGCAAUAUUUCUGAGCUCUCAUUUCUGAUGACAAUCAUAUUAUUGGAGUAAAUUCCAGUCUAGACUAGCAAUGUUCAUGAUACUGUAACAUUACAAAUUUAAUACACAUGUGUGAAUCUGACUUCUGGAAAAAUGGGGUGCAUUGAACAUAUUUCUUGUCUGAAAACACAAAUUGAAUUAUGGAAAAUUAUUCAAGAGACUGCCGAUUAUUUUUUGGUAACUAAUGAAAGCUUUGCAAAAUGUGGUCACCUUGGUGACUCUUCGUACAAAUUUUUGUUUUGUUUAAAAAUAAAUUGUGUAUGUAUGUAUAUAAUGGUGUGUUGUAGAAAAUUUUAAGAUAGUAGAAGGCAAAUUCAAUUUGUCAUGUUAUGAAAAACAGAGUUCAUAGAAUAUUUUGUUUAUCAAAUUUACAUUUUGAAAUAUUUGGUUGUGUGUAAAAAUACAUACCUUCAAUUUGAAACACAUUUAUGUGGACUUAAUAUAAAAGUUGGAAAUGAAGGUGAAAAGUGAUCAAGAAUUUGCUCAUUAUCCUUUGUAACUGUAUAAAUUAAGAUAUAAAGUGUAAUUAAGAAAAAAAGUUUAAAUCAUACGGUCUAUUUUCUAAAUAUUAUUUCUAAAUAUUGUUUCUAGUUCUUAAUGCCAGAAGGCUCUUUUAAACUGAACAAAAAAACAACAACAUUAAAACUGGAUUUUUUAAUUCCAUAGGAAGCUGUUUAAUAAUUGGAAUAUUAAAACUUACAUGUCUCCAGCUCAAUUACAUAAAAUAUCAUUUCAUAUUGCUAUUUUCUGAAAGUUUAAUUGGAGUAUUAUAAAAUGGAUAGUUGGUCUUGUUGGCCACCUGUGCUUUUCUAAUCCAUUCCCCCCUCCUCCCCUUCCCCCCUCCUUCUACAACAGCCCCUUAAUAUUUGUUGUUGGGAUGUUAUUUCAAUUCCAGUCCUUUUGAAUUGGUGGCUAUUCUAAAAUGUAAUGUAAUGGAGCUCAAUGAGAUUUUAACUAAAAACUUUUUUAUCUAAACUACAGAUAUUUAUCAACAAAUUUUACCUAAUAGAAUUGAUGAUCAGCAAAUGAGAUCUUUUUCUGUGGACACUGCUUUUGUAAAAUGAAAUCCAGAUUGAAUAGGUCUUACAAGAUCCCUUCAAAGAAAUUAGCCUCAAAGCAAUGCUCAAACUCUUUCUUGCAGUGUAGGAGCCUCAAUAAUGUUGUGAUAUCUUUGCUUUUGACUUGGCCCCUUUGUUCAUAAUAACAUACCUAUAGACAUAUGAUCAAUUGAAUUCAGCAUCUUACUGAUGCGUUCAGUGAUGUUCAAAAGCAAACAGUAUUAUUUCAUGUUUAAUGUUGAACACACACAUCAAAAACAAUGUGUUUGUUUGGAGGCUUUGUGUCAUUUGUUGUUCUUCUAGUUUAAUAAAAUCUGUUUGUAUUGUAUUACAAAGUUAGCUCUGUCUGAUGAUGUUCUUGUAGUAGUAGGGUAUGUACAUUUUGAGUGUUAGUAUUAGUCUUUGCCUUUGUUGUAUCAAAACGUCCUCUGAAGACUAAGUCAAAUCAAAGAGCAGUAGAACUGCUAACUGUAAGGUUGUGUAUAUUUUAAGUGCCUUUAUUCGUUCUUGGAGGUCUUGAGUUGUGCAAAGGGUUAUCCACUGUGCAAAUCUGUGGACAAUCUGUUUUUGCUCGGACCUUUCACAACUACUAUUCAUCUGAUGGCCACUAGGCUCACCAAAAAGUGAUAACUUAAUUGUUAGUUUUGUGUCUUUCUCUUCUCUAUAUGAAUUAAAAAUCUCUUUUAUCUAUUGUGAUAGCCUUUGUCUGUUAUUGACUGUCCAUAUUUUUCUGACAAUCAUAACGUCAGAUGUAGUUUAUAUAUUUAAAAUUGAUGUUAGUUUGGUGUUCUUUAUUUGGGAAAUGUGUGUGCAUUGAAGUCAUAUGUAGUUGAUAUUGCAUCUCUAUCAAUAAUCUAUCAAGUCAGUUAUUUGUGUCCUUGUAUGUCACAUGUCUUAGAUAUGUGUCUCCAAUGUGCUGAUUUAUCUUAAAUUUUUUAAAGAAAGUUGUUUGCAUUUAAUUCUGACGCUGGCGACAUUGCAAGUUGUUUAUGUAUCUGUUCUAUUUUAUAUUUGUUGGUGCGCAAUUUUGAAUAUAAUUCUUUGUUGUUCCGUUCCAGUGCCCUAGUAUAAGUAAAAGUAUUCUACAAUAAUUAUUUUCUUGAAAGACAUUUGAUAAAAAUUAGUGGUCAAUUAAUUGUACUCUCCUUGUGGCACAUCACCAAUAUAACGCGUCGCUAUUUCGGACCUCCACUCCACUAUAAUAGAUACCUUCUCUCAAUGAGAAGAGAGAGGCUUUGCAAUAUGCAGGUUGCUUAGUUUGCUUAAGUUUUUGAGUUCAGUUUUUAGGUACUCAGUGGUGUUGCCGAGUGCCAUGACCACAAACAUCAAUUUUUAAUAUUUGUUCAACCGUAGUAGAUGUGAUUGGGUGAGGUGGCAAGUUGGCUAUGACUUUAUGGCAACUCGGAAUGGUCCGAACACAGCCUUACUCCCCCCCUCUCUUCCCACUAUUACCCUUCCCUCCCCUAAGCUUACCUCUACUUCCCAUUUCAGCUUGAUUUUACAACUUUUAGAGUUACUCUUAAAAAUUAUCGUUUAGUGUAUGACUGAAGAGUCUUACAUCAGUCUAGACAGCUGAUUCAUUACAUUAUUUUGUUUGGUAAAUUUUGCUCCUCAAUUCUGAAAUGAAAAUACAGAGUAUGCAGGAAUGUACGGAUUUCACACCAUAUCAAUUGCUCUUUACCUUCUUUGAGAUUUUCUCCCGCAUCCCUCAACCGUCCAAAUAAUAGAUAGUAAAUGACUCUUGGAAUGGCUUGGAAAAAAAACAAAAAAAUUCUUCCUGUGUGCUUUGUACCAAAAAUUUUUGGAUAGUGUGGUAAACAAAAAACCACACUUACAUGUAGAUGAUGUAGAUGUUAGUAAUUAAACUUGGAUUAUUGUGUCAGUAGUAUCACACAAAAAACAUUAUUAAUGUAUUUCAUUUUUCUACAGCAUUACCCCAAACGUUCUGUUAUGUUUUUCUCUUGAGAUGUAUUUAAAUUGUUGUAUGAUCACUUUGCACAGUGUUAUUUAACUAUGUUCAGUACAAGGUAUUAAAUGUGUUUCUCAUAAAACAAA